AAAACCUGUGGGUUUUUCAAUCCAAAGCAAAGCAGGGGAAACGAGUAAAACCAUGGGCAGUUUUCCAUCGCCACAAACAAAACCCCGAAAACUAAAACCGGCUGCUCUUCUCUCUGUAUAUAGUAAUAUCCCACCUCCCUAUUCCUUCUCUGUCACUCAAUCUAUGCACCAACUCCUUUCUCUCUCUUUUUCUCUCUCACGCUUCGUGCAUUUUUUAUACACUACAAUUCUGCGAAAAAGCCUAAGAAAUUCCACAUCUUUUUGGCCUUUGAUGGCGCUUCCCGACCUGUUGAUGUAACAAGUCAAUUCCAAUCCCUCACAGACUGCUGCUUUGGACAGUUUGCUUUAAGGGAUUAUUGGGUAGGUUUUUUUCUUUUUUAUUCCUCUUUAUUUCAUAACCCUCCAUCCAAUGUUUCUUAUCUGAUUUCGAAACCAAAGAUUGUGUGUAUGCAAAGUAGAUAAUAUUGGCCUCUUUUUUCAACUGGGUCAUCAACGUUUUGUCUCAAAACAUUGGUCCAAAAAAAAAAAAAAAAAAAAAAAAUAGAAUAAGAGCAGUAGAAAGUUGAAACCAAGUUUUGGUCCUUUUUGUUCUUUUUAAUGGAAGCCAAUGGUUUAGGGGGUGGAUUGUUUUCUGGCUUGGGUUCUGGAAUGCUAGGGCUAGAAAUGCCUUUACACCAGCAACAAAACCCCCCAAAUCCUCAAAACCCACAUCGUGUACACCCCCAAAUGGUUGCCUACGCCCACCAUGAUGCUGAUCACCAUCCACAACCUCAGCAAUCUGUCAAACAUGGAUACCCUUAUGCUGCCAAAUCCAAGCAAAUAGCCCUUAGUGAUGAAGAUGAACCAGGGUUUGGUGCUGAAGACAGUGCUGGAGACGGCAAGAGGAAAGUAUCCCCAUGGCAGAGAAUGAAGUGGACAGACACCAUGGUUAGGCUCCUAAUAAUGGCGGUCUAUUAUAUUGGCGAUGAGGGUGGCUCUGAAGGGACCGAUCUUACGGGCAAGAAGAAACCUUCCGGGGGAUUGUUACAGAAGAAAGGGAAAUGGAAAUCAGUAUCUCGGGCAAUGAUGGAAAAGGGGUUCUAUGUGUCUCCGCAGCAGUGCGAGGACAAGUUCAAUGAUUUGAACAAGAGGUAUAAAAGGGUGAAUGAUAUACUCGGAAAGGGAACGGCUUGCCGGGUUGUGGAAAAUCAAAACCUGUUGGAGAUGAUGGAUUUGACUCCCAAAAUGAAAGAAGAAGUUAAGAAAUUACUCAAUUCUAAGCACCUGUUUUUCAGAGAAAUGUGUGCUUACCACAACAGUUGUGGUCACGGUGUCGGUGGUGGAGCUAGUGGUGCCCAUCAAUCGCCUGAGCUGACUCAGGAGCAAUCUUUGGUUCCGCUAAACCAGCAGACCCAGCAGCAGCAACGUUGCUUCCAUUCAACGGAUAAUGUCCCAGUAGUGGGUAAUAUGGGCAGGGCAGAAACAGAGGGAUCCAAAUUGAUUAAAGCAGGAAGUGGUGGUGAAGAAGAGGACGACGAUGAUGAUGAUGAUGAUGAUGAUUCGGAUGACGACGACGAUGAAGACGAAGAAGAGGUGGCUGAAGGCUGUUCUCGGGGUCAAAAUGGGCAUGGACAUGAAGAUGAGGACGACAUUAACAAUGAAAGAAGUUCGCGUAAAAGACCAAGAAAGGGAGGUUUAUCAGAAUCCUCACAAAUAAUGCAUCAAUUGAGCUGCGAGGUGAUGGCUGUGCUCCAAGAUGGAACAAAGAGCUCAUGGGAAAAGAAGCAGUGGAUAGAGAUGAGGUUGAUUCAAUUGGAGGAGCAGCAAAUGAGCUAUAAAGCUCAAGCUUUUGAGCUAGAGAAGCAGAGGUUCAAGUGGUUGAAGUUUAGAAGCAAGAAGGAGAGGGAAAUGGAGAGAGCCAAGUUGGAGAAUGAGAGAAGGAGGCUUGAGAAUGUGAGAAUGGGAUUGCUUCUUAGGCAGAAAGAGUUGGAGUUUUUAGAUCUUCAUCAUGGUCAACCGCAACAACAGCAGCAGCAACAGCAACAAAAUUCCUCAAAUAAGAGAGGCAAUGGUGUCCAAUCUCCCGGAUAAAGCUUAAAAUUGUGUUAGAUUUAUGACAUUUAUGUAUAUAUCUUAUAAUUAGAUGGGUAGGAAAAAUCUUUUUGUGGUUGUUGUUUCAUAAUCUGUUUGAAUUUUGCUCGUACUUUCUGUCGUGUAUUAUCUUCUUUGUAGUUGGAUUUAAAUUGGGAUUAGUAUAGUAUGUAUUGAAUCUCCUGCAGAUAAUAUUUCUUAAUUAUUUAAA